GUUAACUCGGGAGAUACUUGAUGUUUGACCAGGAUGUGAGAAAAGAUUUGUAAAACGAGGUAGUUAGCAGUUGUGGAAGACUUGUGAAUACGGCUAAACCAUGGAUUUAUAUAAAAAAGACAUCGAGAAAUGACAACACCGCUGCUUCUGCAUGUCAUCCCGAACGGAACCGGAACAAAUCUAACAAAUAUACAUUUUUAAUAUCCUUGGGAUGUGGACACUGUCAAACCAACAUUGUGGGUCAAGACAUCAGCAGACCUCUGUUGGGAAAGAGGUGGCAGCUUAUUUGAAAGAAACGUGGACGCUGGAAAGUGGGCAACAUGUCUCUUCGCUUGUUUUCGUUGUGUCUCCUACCUUUUCUCUUAGGAGUGUUUAGCCAUGACCUGUCCGAGGCUCAAACUGGCUCGGUACUCAGCGCUGCCAAAUCGUUGGUCUGGGGUCCAGGGCUGGACACCAACAUUGUCCUGCCAGCUCGGUUUUUCUUCAUACAGGCGGUAGAGAGCUCAGGGAAGAAUUUAACAGUAUCACCAGGUGAGAAGACCUUUGAAGUCAAGAUCAUGUCUCUGGUGGAGCCAUUCACCAGGAUCUGGAUUCAGGUCCUGGAUCGUCGGGACGGGUCCUUCCUAGUUCGCUACAGAAUGUACGCCACCUAUUCGGACCUUCAAAUCCACAUUACGCUUAAGAGCAAGCACGUUGCAAAGUCACCAUAUAUCCUUAAAGGUCCUGUCUAUCAUGAAGGAUGUCACUGUCCACAACCGAGUGGUUCUUUAUGGGAGGCCCACAUGAACUGCCCUCAGUCCUUUGCCCAGAUAGAGAGGGAUCUGUCCCUUUACAUGAAUGUUGACCCGGAUCGCAUCGCAGAAGAGAUCCCAGAGCGGUUUGGGCAGCGGCAGAGCCUCUGCCACUACACCAUCAAAGACAACAAGGUCUAUGUUAAAACAUUAGGAGAGCAUGUCGGGUUUAGGAUCUUUAUGGAUGCCAUCCUACUGUCACUCUCAAGAAAGGUGCAACUCCCCGAUAUGGAAUUCUUUGUUAAUCUGGGCGAUUGGCCACUGGAGAAGAGGAAACCCACCGAGAAGAUUCAUCCUAUUUUUUCCUGGUGUGGCUCCAAUAAUACCAGAGAUAUCGUCAUGCCCACAUACGACCUGACUGAAUCCGUCCUUGAAACCAUGGGAAGGGUAAGUCUGGAUAUGAUGUCCGUUCAGGCCAACACUGGGCCUCCGUGGCCAGAGAAGAAUGCCACCGCCUUCUGGAGGGGGCGGGACAGUCGUCAAGAACGUCUGGAACUCGUCAAGCUUUCGAGGGCGAACCCAGACUUUAUAGACGCUGCUUUUACAAACUUCUUCUUCUUCAAACAUGACGAAAGCCUCUAUGGGCCACUAGUCAAACACGUCUCUUUUUUCGACUUCUUCAAGUACAAGUACCAAAUAAACAUUGAUGGAACAGUAGCGGCGUACCGACUGCCUUACCUGUUGGCAGGAGACAGUGUGGUCUUCAAGCAGGAUUCUGGUUACUAUGAGCAUUUCUACAAUGAUCUGCGGCCGUGGGAGCAUUACAUCCCAGUGAGAGCAGACCUGGGAGACCUGCUGGAAAAGAUCCAGUGGGCUCGUGACCACGAUGAAGAGGCUAAGAAAAUAGCCAUUUCAGGCCAGCAGUUUGCUCGGAACAACCUCAUGGGGGACACUAUAUUUUGUUAUUACUACAAACUCUUUAAGGAGUAUGCCAAACUCCAGGUGACAGAGCCAAAGGUUCGGAACGGCAUGGAGAUUGUAGAGCAGCCCGCUGAUGACCUGUUCCCAUGUUCCUGUCACAGGAUGAGGGAAAAGGAUGAACUUUGACCUGUCCCUACAUUGAGAACAAUCCCUUAUAUUGUACAUGAUGUGCUGCCAAAUGAGAUGAGUUGUCAAGGUGUGAAAUAACAAUCUAAUGCAGAUCAACACUUUUUAAUAAAUGUCUCUUUUAUUA